AUGGAUGGCUCCGGGGCGUUCGGACGAAGCUUUGACCGCCUGCCCCAGAAGACGAGCGGAACCGCGAUCUCCUUGGACGCUCAUGCUUUCACGACGGCUGCCACCGUUGCGCUCAUAGCCGUCAGCGUUUGUUAUUUUUGGCACAAGAAGAAGCUGGUCAGCGAUUCCGAGAAGCCUAUGCGUACACGUACAGCGCUAGCCUUCAAAAACUGCCCACCCGUUUUCCCAAAUGGAUGGAUCCCAGUUCUUGAGUCUGCACAACUUCAGACAGGGGAAGUGAAGGCUCUCAACGUCAUCGGCCUAGAGCUGGUAGCAUUCCGCACCGAAGACGGCGUUGCGCAUGUUCUGGACGCUUACUGCCCCCACCUGGGUGCCCACCUGGGGGUGAUGGGCCGCGUGGUGGGAGACUGCAUAGAGUGCCCGUUCCACGGGUGGAGGUUCCAAGGAGACACCGGCGCUUGCACACACGUCCCAUACGCUGUGAAAGUUCCGGAGUUCGUGAAAGCCACCAGAUGGGAGUCGCGUGAAUCCCUUGGUCUGCUGUUCGUGUGGUAUCACGCGGAUGGCGCGGCUCCUUCCUGGGAGCUGCCGGACGUGGCCGAGGUCGAGAAGGGCCUCUGGAGGGAAGAGCACCGCUUCGAGCACAUCGUCGAGGCGCACAUUCAGGACAUCGCUGAGAAUGGCGCCGAUCUGGGACAUUUUAAUCAGAUUCAUCGUGCCUCGUGCUUCCUAACUAGCGAGCAGUUCCAGCGCACACUCGGAAACUCUUGGUGGGGCCGCUUGGUCAACCACUCCUGGCAGGCUACCUGGACUCCGCACGAGCACACGGCUUCCGUGGACGUGGCAGCAUGCGUGUCGGUGUUCGGCACCUGCCCCGACUUCCUCAAGCACCGCGUCCAGGUGCUCCAAGUGGGGCCCGCUCUGGUGCUGGUUCGCAUGCGCAGCCGCCACGGCGACUGCCUCAUCAUCCAGUCGCUGACACCAGUGGCGCCUUUCCGAGUGCGCCUCGUCCACCGGUUCUACCCGGAGCCCCAGCUGCCUUGGAUCAUCCGGCGCCUGAACGUCCUCGGCUUCAGGCAUAUGGUGGAGAGGGAUAUAGCCGUUUGGAAUCACAAGACCUACCUCAAGCAGCCUGCCCUGGUCAAGGAAGACCGAAUGAUUGUGUCCUUCCGCAAAUGGUUCUCGCAGUUCUACAGCGAAAGCAGCCCCAAGUGGCGCGAGGUUAUGGAAAUGAGUCUGGACUGGUGAACCCAAUGAAUUCAGUGCCGGCAAGAAAAGAAAAAAAAUAACUGUGUCGACGCCACAUUGCACGUGUUUUCACAGCAGCUGUCUUCUUGUAGCUGCAAGCCAUGUCACUCGAAACGCGUAAACGACACCCUUCAGCAGUGGCAUAGCUAGAAUUUUUUUCAUUUCUUUUUUUUGGGGGGGGGGGGGGGGGCGGCGUACCUGACCGGAGAUGGUGCGUGGAGUAGGAGGGGAGAUGGGCAGUCCGCAUGGUGACAAAGAAAUUUCGAGGUUGGUGGGCACGGGCACGUGUCCUGUACCCAGUGUGCCACCGCCUGGCUACGUCACUGCUCCUUCAGUCACAUAAUGUUUUGGGUGUUGUUUCCGUCCCUGGACGCCGCACUUUUGGACAUUCAACUUUGGGCAUUAGCGUGCAGCCAGUGCAAGACGAUGGUGCCACAUUGCAGCUCUGGAUGAUGAAGAUGUGUGGUGUUUUGUGGGGCAAGGGCCAAGUAUGGCCAAAGAACACCACUGCAGCUCUGGAAUCGAUUUACUUACGUGAAUUUGGGCUGGUAUUUUGUAGCGAUGCCUUUUCCGAUUCUAUGCUUUUUCAGGCUUUUCGUGCUUGGCCAGUGGUCAGAGCGACGGUGUGCAACAUUAUCAACGGGAUCAGGCGGCCGUGUGUGGUUGAUGAUAAGAAUAGCAUAGAAUAAGGCAUAAGGCAUCGCUACAAAAUAGCGGCCCUGAUGCUGCCUUCACUUUUCACAAGGAGACAACUUCCUUGUCUGGUGGUUUUACAGGCCACCCGGAAAUACAAAUGUUAUGCCAUUGCUCAAUUUGUCUCGGUCGCUUUCAGCCCUUUCUUCAGAAGCCGUUUUACUUGUAGAAGAGCUUAAUAUGGGGCUGACGUUGCUUGGCUUGAGAUAAGUGUACCUGAGAACAAUCACUCAGACUUACGACCUCUAUCAGUUCGUUAAUUUUUGUACGUAUAUUGGCUUUACAAGUAGAAAUGUUCUGGAUUUAGUGUUUGGUAAACGUUAGGAACCUAAUUGAAUCAGUCAUCUCGACACCCGGUAUCAGUGACCACAAAAUAGUGGCAGCUACUGUGAUAUGCAAAAAAUUGAGCUCAGUAUGUCGCGCCCAAGAAAUGUAUACCUGUAUGACAAGGGCAACUUUGAUGCCAUAAACGGCGAUCUAGAUGCGCGUCUGGGUUCGUUUAUAAAACACAGCCGUGACUUGGAGAUCAAAACAUUGUGGUUACUGUUUAAAUAAAAGUUAAUGUCCGUAAGGAAGAAGUUUAUUCCAAUAAAAAUUCUGACAUUGAGUUCCCACAGUGAUAGGGCUUGGAUAACAAUUAUGGGGUUUUACGUGCGAGAACCGCGACUUGA